AUGGCAAUACAAAAUAAGCAAGUUUCUAAUGACAUUAAGCUUUAUGUGAAUGAUCUAAGAGGGACAGCAAAAGCGUUAAAACAAGAUAAUAUGAUUUUUAAUAUAUCUUAUACUCCAACUUCUACCAUUACCUUUAGUAACAAUGAAACAGUCUCACUAAUAGACGAAAUUAAAAAAUAUGACAUAGCCAAGCUUAUAGAAUAUUUGCAAGGGCAGAACUUAGGGUUUAGUGAAACGGCUAUCAAAAUUUUAGAGAAGGAAAAGCUUAAUAAUAGGGACUUCUUUGACAUGAUCAAAGAAAUGGAUAAACAGCUACAGAAUGAUAAUGAAAUGAUAUCAGUGAGGUUACAAAAGGUAUUUGUACCAGCUGUUGAUGUAUCUGAAUUUGUAGUAGAUCAGCAAAAUAAUGUUGAUACUAAGUUAACGAAGGAUAAGAUAAUAGAUGAUUGUUUGCUUAAGCAAACACUGUUGUCAGAGGUGUUACUAAAGAUAACUGAUAUAUACAAUGUUUGCUAG